AUGGAGGCUGCCAACUGCCUGAAAAAGGGAGGGAAAUGGAUACUUCCGGCAAACUCUUUUGGGCAUAUUCCUGGAAUUAAAACUGGAGAUAAAUUCCAUUAUCAGGCAGAACUGGUCAUCGUGGGCAUGCACCUUCAGUAUAUCAUCGUCAUAGCCUAUGUUUCCCUCAACGGCAAAAAAAUCGCCACCAGCGUGCUCAACUCGGGCCGAUAUGAAAUUGAGGCUAAAACAGAAGAUGUCUUGAUAUACUCAGGCCAGGGUGCCAGCGCGAAACUGGGAUCGAGUGUGAGUUCCGAUCAAGAACUGAUGCUCGGAAACCUUGCUUUGGUGAACAGCAAGGAAGUUAAGUAUCCAGUUAGGGUCAUCCAGAAGAUAAAACAUGUAAAUCGGGAUGUUGAGUUUGUGUAUGACGGGUUGUAUGUGGUGAAUAAAUUUUGGCAGGAAAGGGGACACAAUCGAAAAUUGGUGUUCAAAUUCGAGCUUCAUAGGUUGACGAAUCAAGAAAAAGUGUGUAACAUGAUUGGUGGGGGGCUGGAAAAGAAAUUGAGGGGCAGGGAGUGUUUUGUGGUGCAUGAAUUAUCUCAAGGGAAGGAGAAAAUGGCUGUGAGGGCCAUGAACGGGCUGGAUGGCGAGAAGCCCAAAAAUUUUAGUUGUGCGACUGAAAACAUGUAUCCUGAAUGGUUCUUGAAAAUCGAGCAUGGUGGGUGUGAUUGUACUGAUGGCUGCUUGAAUUUGGGCCAGUGUGGAUGUGUUUUGAGGAAUGGAGGGGAGAUUGCAUACAAUGAAAAGGGUGGUCUUGUGAAGCAAAAGGGUGUCAUUUACGAGUGUGGUCCAUCUUGUAAGUGCCCUCCUUCAUGCAUGAAUAGAGUCAGCCAGACGGCGGCGCCGUCGCCUAGACCCACCUGGUAUGGCCGAUUCGCCCCCUGCAGGCCGUGGUCGCCGGCGAGAUCGGCAGUCCAAUUAGAGUCUGCCCCCCACCCCAUGCCGGUCGUCGGCGUUGACGUGAAGCUGCGGUGGCGAAGAGACACGUCAGUCGUUUGGUGCGAGCUCAAGGUCGCCGACAGUCGUGUGGCGAAGGCGAUGAGAUAG